AGGCAACUUCGCCAGCCCGACCUCGCGGCGGCGGCGGCGGCGGCGGCGGCGGCACUCUCGGCCGGCCGCUCGCUGGCUGGCCGCGCUCGCCCCUCAUCUUGGCUUCCAGGCGACCUCCGCGCGGCCGCGGCUUCCUGCCUGCGCCCCCGAGGGAGAUGUAUCAGGGCUUUCCCGGAGACUACGACUCCACCUCCCGGUGCAGCUCGUCCCCCUCGGCCGAGUCCCAGUACCUCUCCUCGGUGGACUCCUUCGGGAGCCCGACCGCCGCCGCCGCCGCCGCCGCCGCCUCCUCGCAGGAGUGCAGCGGCCUUGGGGAAAUGCCCGGAUCUUUUGUGCCAACAGUGACUGCCAUAUCCACAAGCCAAGACCUCCAGUGGCUGGUGCAGCCUACCUUGAUUUCCUCAAUGGCCCAGUCUCAGCAGCAGCAGCAGCAGCAGCAGCAGCAGCAGCAGCCGCCGCCUCCGCCUUCGGGGCCGCCCCCACCCACAGUGGACCCCUAUGACCUGCCUGGCCCCAGUUACGCUACCCCAGGAAUGGGGGUUUAUGGGGCUGGCCCUUCGACUGCCCCUGUGGCUGCAGCCACCCCGUCUCGCUCCAGCAGGGCCCGGCCCCGAAGAACACGGGAAGAAACGCUGACUCCUGAGGAGGAAGAAAAGCGCCGGGUGCGCAGGGAGAGGAACAAGCUGGCGGCCGCCAAGUGCCGGAAUCGACGCCGAGAACUGACCGACCGGCUUCAAGCGGAGACGGACCAGCUGGAGGAAGAGAAAGCCGAGCUGGAGUCGGAGAUUGCGGAGCUGCAGAAGGAACGGGAGCGGCUGGAAUUUGUCCUCGUGGCUCACAAGGGCAGCUGCAAAAUCCCCUACCAGGACAUCACAGAACUGAGUGGGCAGCCCGGCCCCUCGGCAGAGGUCAGCGCCCUGGCCAUGCCGGUCAAGGAGGACCCCUUUGGGCCCUCGGCCCCCUACUCCUCGGUGCCCCUGCAUUACCAGCAGGCCCUGGGCGGACUCCCGGCCGCAGCCCCGGCCCCGGCGGAGGUAGCGUUUUCUAGUUCUUACUUUAGCCAUGGUGAAGAGCUGACCGACCCGUACCCGGUUAACCCUUCCUAUACGUCUUCGUUUGUGUUCACCUACCCAGAGGGAGCCACCUGUGGAGCCAUCCACCAGCGGAACGGCAGCAGCGACCACUCCCCGGACUCUCUGAACUCUCCCUCGCUCCUUGCUUUGUGACACUCAAACCCCAACUUGCGCCUUUGGGUCUAGCCUGCCAGCCCAUCCGCCCCUGCCAACGCCGGGCUGGGUGAAGGGGGCCGGAGCCCCAAUGCGCCUGGGUGCACCGCUAUCGCCUGGGAGCCUCUAACCCGCUCUGCUGCAGCUGCAGCCACCGCCUCUAGCCCUUGCGAUGCGUUCUCAUUCCCUCCUUGGGGGUGCAGCACACGGUGGAGGAGCCGAUGUUUGUCCUUUGGCCAAUUCCCACAUCGAGAGGAGAAAGGGGGGUGUU